GUAUGAAUCCAGUUAUAAUUUACACUACCGGAAUUUUAUUGGUUACUAAACAUUUGGGAAGGCUUUUUGGCCUUUUUCAUACAUUCUUUCGAGUUGCUUCUUACAGCUAAAAAUGGUGGAUAUUCCAAACGUCAUUACUCGAGUACCUUUCAAAAAAGUAGCAUCCAACCGUGACAUCAAACAACAAAGUUACCACCACCUCGCGAUCACCGCAUCUAAAAAUCUACGCCACUCCCCCCCCCCUCACGCACCUCCGAAAAUGGGCUUUCUAAACUUCACCCAAUCCGCCACCAACAGCACCCCUCCCAUUGCCCCAAGCCGCUCCCAGCGAGCCCUCUGUUGGGCCACGCGGGACCAAUUCUUCGCCUGUCUGGACAAGCACAACAUCCUAGACCCGCUCAAAAACCCGAAAGAAUCCAAAUCCUUCUGCGGCCCCGAAGAGGCAUCCUUCGAAAAGGAGUGUAAAGGGUCAUGGGUACCCCUCCUCCUCCUCCCACAUUCCCCCGUUCAUACACGCACGCAAAGAUACAAAGAGACUAAUGGGGGGAGAGGGGGAUACAGGUCGAGUACUUCAAAAAGCGACGAGUGAUGGAGCAUAACCGCGAAGCAAUGUUAAAAAAGCUACAGGAAGAAGGCGCCUCGAAUAUGGGGGGGAUCCGGAAUCCGGUGGGAGAGGCCCAGAAGGAAUGAACAGUCGGGUAGUUAAGUUAAGAGAAAAAUGAUUCGGAAGAAGGGGGAGGGGGAUUGUAAAGAUUACCCACGUAAGGCACUAGGUGGUGAGGGUGAUGACACAAAAACAUAAGUUAGUAUUCGCGAUGCGAUACAAUCGAUAUACGCAUGGGCGCAUGCAUGAGAAUGGAACGAAAAGGGGAGGAAAGAAAAGAAAAGAAAAUGCGAUACAGUAUGCUAUACUGGAGAGCACUGUACCCGUACAAGAAAUGUGCCGUGGGUACCGCAUGUAAGUACGUAGGUAUGAUAUGUAUGUAUGUUGCUCGCAGGGCUGAGAUGGAUGAAUGGAUGGGAAGGUACGUACCGGUGGGUUAAGGUAGGUAGAUCAGUGGGGGGCGGGGACCGAAAUGAGAGCGCUUAAACAGAGUUAACUUAUGCUUAUUCCCAAUCAACCACGUGGGAUUCUUCUACCUUUCUUCUGGGUGGGUAUGUUGGGUG